AUGCUUCAGAACCGCCUGCAUGUCCAGCCAUCUCAAGCUCAGGAGUUAACCUCCGCUGUUCUUGCCCUCCAUGGUGCUCUGGCCGUGAUCUCCGGCCCGGUUAUCGGUCAUUUCGCCGACAAGAGCAAAGGCCAUAAGACCACACUACUAUUAUCUCUUGGAUGGUGUAUUGUCGGUACGUGUAUGGUCGCCUGCGCUCGUUCAGUCCCUAUACUACUGUUAGGCCGCGUGAUGCAAGGCAUUGCAGGGUCUGCUGUGUGGAUUGUCGGCUUUGCAACAGUCGCAGACACUAUCAGUCCAAACCAUAUAGGCUUCGCAAUGAGCUUAAUGAUGUCCUGUGCAAAUACUGGAACAAUCAGCGGGCCGGCGCUCGCCGGCUUGCUUUUAGAGGCAACUGGUUACUGGAUAACGUGGUCGAUCCCGCUACUGGUUUUAACCGUAGAUUUUAUUGCACGCGCAUGUAUGAUCGAGAGUCUGUCCAGUCCUCCCUCCUCUACGCCCCACGACAGUCUAACAGAGACUGCGAGUCUGCUUUCCUCUUGUGAAGAGCAGCAAAUUCUCAGAGACGAGCGUUUCUGGCGGAUAAUGCUAUGCGAUGGUCGUAUUUUGACUUGUCUGCUGAUUAUAAUCUCGGGCACGACUGUGAGCACGAGUUUCCAUGCGACGCUUCCUCUUCAUGUUGAAGAGAACUUUGGAUGGGGUCCUAGUACUACUGGACUCCUUUUUGCUGGCCUUGUCGUUCCGGGUGUCUUGAUCGGUCCCGUCGCUGGUUGGGUCCGUGAUCGAAUCGGAACACAACGACCUGCCGUGGUCUGUUCCAUUCUUCAGGCAAUUAUGCUUGGCCUAAUGGGUACUGCUGGUAGCGACAUUCCUUGGGCGAGCGCUCAGGCUAUGGGCAAACCGAUUUACAUAGCCUCUAUCAUUGCUAUAGGCACAUUCCGGCCAUUUGUGUCUGGUAUCGCGCCUGUCGAACUGGCGGCCACUGCUAAAGCAAUUCAAGAAGAGUCUCCAGCGAUUUUUGGCUCGGAAGGAGGCAUGUCACGCGUAUUCUCUAUGUUGGACGUUGCUGCUUCCUUCGGGAUGAUGAUUGGCCCAAUCAUAGGUGGUUCGCUGAAGGAAAUGGUCGGCUAUAAAUAUAUGAGCUGGACUUGGAGUAAGUCAUUUAAUCUCACUGGUCUGCUUCGCUAA